ACUGGGGGAAAAAAGAAAAAGAAAAAAGAAAAGGGGAAGAACGGUAUCCGUAUGAUUUAGCAGACUGAGUUGACUGAGAGAGAAAGCAAGAGAGGUUUCACGAUGGUUGCAGCAAGUGAUGCUAUGGUAGCUACUCUCCAUCAAACUCUGGCCUCAUGCUCCAAGUCCAUUGAAGCCGGUGAUUAUAACAAUUCAGAGGAAUUAAUCGCGGAGCUAGUAAAUUUCCUUAAUUCAAUCUCCGAUUCUCUAGUCUCGAGAGAACGUGAAAAUGAGGAUCCUGAGAAAAUCGCGGUUGAGAUUCUCACUCAAAUUCACCAAUACAUAGCCUCACCCGCAGUUAAACAGGAGGUUAUUGAUGCGUUGGCAUUUGAGUUGCCCAAGGCGGUGGCGAGGUUUGCUUGUGUAUCCACCAAGUGUUUGGAGAUUGCUGAAGAUUUAGUUUAUUGGUUUAUUCAGAGAUGUAGUCCACGCGAUAUGCUUUCCAUCCUCUGUGAGGCAAUAGGUUCUCCAAAUGAGCUGUUCACUGUUCCUGGCUACUUUAUUCCUCUUCUUGGUGGGUUAUCAAAAGUUCUUGUUUUAAUUCAGAGGCGGCACUAUCAGCAAGUGAAGUCUGCCGUCCCGGUUAUUCUGAAUGUUUUAAAGACCAUGUGUUCUACGUCGGAUGAUGAAGAUACAGAUCAUGAGAAGUUAUUCCAUAGAGCAAUUGGGAUUGCAUACUCGAUAAGAUCAAUUUGUGUAAACCUGGAAGGAGAGGACAAGAAGAAACUCCGUGCUUUAUUAGGCCUAUAUGUCUUGCAGAUCAUGGUGGACAAUUCUUGCGCUCUUGCUUCAUUUGGAAUUCCAAGCGACAUAUUGAAAUGUCUUUCAGUGGUGGUGGAGUUAUCAGACUUCCUUCAACAUUGUGAAUUGUCUUAUGUUGGUCUGAUAACUGGAUGUGAGGUUGACACGAUCUAUAAACUAGUUGUUGAAGAUGAUAGCAAGGAUGGUAUGGAUUGCUUUUCUCAAGCUAAGCUUGGAGCGGCACUUGCAGUAAUUUGGGGUUACAAGGCUAGUGAGGUUGGUACAGCUGCGAAAGCCGAUUUGCCCGUUGUCAUAAUGGAACUUCAAGGUAACUGGGCUAGAAGAUGUGAAGCAAUAGGUAUGUUGAAGUAUAUAUUCUCUUGUGCCAACCUGCCGUGGGAAUUAAAGCAGCACGGUAUUAGAUUCCUUCUAAGAGUCUUGGAUGGCAUUGUAUCACACUCGCAUGAUGACCAUGUAGACUAUUCAGUGUAUAUGCCAACUUUUUACACCAGUUUGCAGGCUGUUGAAAUGGUCAUCAUGUAUGCUCCAGAUUCUGCAUUAAGGAAGGAUGCAUUUAGUGCAUUCAAAAAGGUGCUUGCAGACAUACCAAUUUCUCUGAGAUUUGACGUCUUAAGGGCAUUGUUAAAGAAUAGCGACUCUUCUUCUAUGAUUGGGAUACUCCUAGAUUGUGUCAAAGAGGAAAUGCGCAUGGGAAAAAUUGAAAGAAAUUCAUCAGCCGAUGCUGUCCUAAAUAGUAAAGUUAGUCAAUCUACAGGAUUUUGGAAUCCAUCUGUGCUUGAAUUGGUGGAGGUGGUUCUCAGACCUCCAAAAGGUGGACCUCCAUCUCUUCCCCAGUCCAGUGAUGCUGUUUUAUCUGCCCUUAAUCUGUAUAGAUUUAUUCUGAUUACCGAGUCAUCAGGGAAUUCUAACUCUACUGGAAUACUGUCCAAGGGCAAAUUGCAGAAGGCCUACAACGAAUGGUUUCUCCCACUGCGGACGUUAGUGACAGGAACUAUGGCAGAAAGCCAAAAGGAUUAUGAUAACCUAGCAUGUGAUACAAUAUGCGCCUUGAACCCUGUUGAGUUGGUUCUCUACCGAUGCAUUGAACUUGUUGAAAUGAAGCUGAAACAAUUAUAAGGAGCACAAAUAAAUGUGUGAUUACGAUUGUUUUUGCGUCUAGAUAGCUAGCAGCAAAUCUUAUUCAUAUGUUCUAACUCCAUGGAGUCGAGGUUAUGACGGAACAGGAUUGUAUUCAUUAAUGGUGGUGUGCUUUAAUGUAUCGGGUUUUGUGUAGAUUGAUGUCAUCUUUUGGUAAUACUUCUCUAGUUUGAUAGCAGUACAAUUUUUGCGUCUCUGUUAGAGGAAAGAAAAUACUGAAAAUACUUUACUGCUACGUAAAUUAAUAAUGUACAAUACGAGUUCAAUCUUUGAUAUUUUUGUAUAUGAUUUUACAUUUCAUA